CAUCAACAGUCCACAUCAUGGGUCUUUUAGAUAGGUUUGGUGACUCUGGUUCAGCAACUUUUAUGCGUCUCUUCUCUGCGUUGUUUUAUGGAUUUUCAUCUUUCCUGAUUAUAGUUGUCAACAAAAUAGUGCUCACUACAUACAAAUUUCCAUCAUAUCAGUGUUUGGCUCUUGGGCAGAUGGUAACAGGCAUUGUUGUGUUAUUUUUUGCCAGACAACUUAGUAUUGUAGAUUUCCCAGGUUUCAGUACUGACAUAUUUAGAAAGAUAUGGCCUUUACCUUUAUUUUUCCUUGGAAAUCUGGUGCUGGGUUUAGGUGGAACCCAAAAGUUAAACUUACCUAUGUUCAUAAUACUCAGAAGAUUUACCAUACUGUUUACUAUGAUUGCAGAAUAUUAUGUCUUGGGUGUAAAAGCAUCAAGAACAAUUCAGAUGACUGUAUUCUUAAUGAUAUUUGGUGCACUGGUGGCAGCUAGUAAUGACCUAGCUUUUGACCUUAUUGGAUAUGUGUUUAUAAUAUUAAAUGAUUUAUGCACAUCAGCUAAUGGUGUCUACACAAAAAAGAAAUUAGAAGCUAAGGAUUUAGGAAAGUAUGGACUGUUGUUUUACAAUUCCUUGUUUAUGAUUGUACCUAUCAGCAUUUUUACUUUCUCUACGGGAGAAAUAGAUAAGGCAAUGAAGUUUGAGGAUUGGCUGACCAUUGGAUUUUUGACCCAGUUCUUGUUGUCAUGUUUUAUGGGAUUUAUACUGAAUUACUCAAUAGUGUUGUGCACUCAACAUAAUUCUGCUCUAACAACUAACAUAGUGGGAGUCCUAAAGAACUUGUUUGUGACAUAUAUUGGAAUGUUUCUUGGAGGAGAUUAUAAUUUUAGUUGGAUAAAUUUUACUGGUAUAAACAUAAGUGUUUUUGGCAGUUUGAUUUACAGUUAUGUGACAUUUAGAAAGAUCGACAAAUCAAAAGAAAUCAUCGUAGAAAAACCAGAGGUACAACAGAAAACACCAGCUAUUGUAUAACAUAAAGUGAGAUUCAACCAGCAACAUUAGAGAUACUAAAAAAGGGAAUUGUUCUUGUUAUAUGCAAUAAAUUCUAUGUAUAAUAGAGGCUAUUACGACUGUGUAUUAUAAUGUGGGAUUCUUUUUUGAAAAACUAAAGAUGCUUCUUUAUUUAAUGUUAAAAGGCUAAGGGUUGAAAAGCCUGUUUGUGAAGAUGAUUUAAUGUUAAUUUUACCAGGUAAUCCAUUUAAAAUGAAGUUGUGAUUAUAUGGCCUAAAAUCACUAAAUGCUAUGCAUUCUAUUUUUCACUUGUAUUGUAUUAUUUUUGUUAUUGUUAAAAUAAUGUACAGUUCAUUUAUUACAACACCAAAGUAUUGUUAAGAGUUUGAAAUUUUUCUACUGUUUUGUUUUAUAUGUUAAUGUUAUUAUGAUACAUUUGACUUUUUCACCUUAAAGGAAUGAUUGUAUGAUCUUAUUUGUAACAGAGUAUACAGUCAAAUAUUCUUAGUCUGUGAAACUUCAAAACCAGUGCAUUUAGUUAUAUGCAAUGUUAGCCCCACAAUGUGAUGGUAAAACAUUGACAAUUUGGCAGACUGAAUUGUAUGUUUGUUUUCUGGAAUAACUAUCAUUUAUUGUCAGUGGGCAUGUGCAAUAGACAGAAAAGAUUAUAUUCAUUUUUGCAUAGCUAUUGAAUUUUGUAUUUUAAAUGAAUUUGACAUGAGAUUAUCAACCGAGAUUUACUUUUUGUAAAAUGGUUGAUUAACUUAUAUUUUACAUGACCAUUUUUUAAUUGAACAAACACUUGUCAAACAAGUACCACUGAGAACAAUUGAUAAACAAUUACAAAAAAGAGACUGUGACCAUAUUCAUGAAAAUAAGAAAUUAUUUACCACAGUAAAAGCAGAUUUACUUUGUUUAAUAUUAAAAAAUCCUGUUGUGAUAUCUACAUUAGUUCUUUCAAACUUAGUUGUAUUCUGCAACAUGUUGUUAUUUGAUAACAUCUGUUAAUGAUGAGGUAUUACAAAAAAUUGUAUUAUUGUUUAAAAUAUCACUUUUACAGGACUACAACAUACGGUAUAAUGUUGUGUUCUGUAAAUAAGGUCCAAUGUUUCAUUAUUCUGAGUUGAUUUUCAGUCUGCUUUGAAACACUUGACCUGUUGUUUUAUGAGGGGAAAAUGUAAAAGUUUUAAUUUCACUAUCUAUUGUUAAAGUAGUCUUUUAUAAUCAUAUUGUUGUUGUUGCUAUUUCAGUGAUAGAUAAAUAGCUAUGCAUUUUUUUCCUAAAGACAACCCAGCAACUUAUGAAAUGUAUUUUAAAGUUUGUUUUAAAAUUGAUCUCCAAUCAAUGUAGGAAUUAGAAGGUUUGAAGGGGUAUUGAAGUUAAUAAAACAAUGCCUUAUAAAAUUGAAUCUCAAUGUGUUUUUUUACUGUAUUUUAGUAGAUUUAGUUCGGUCAGUUUGCUUUAAUUCUGUGAAACAUAGAUAUGGAUAUUAGAAAUCCAGAGUGUUCUAAAUUAGCAUAAAUUUAACAAUCAUGGUUGAUAUUGUUAAACAUAUAGUGAACAAAUAAUUUAGUAUACUAUUUUUUAAUAUUUUGUUAUAUUGUUAAUUAUUUAUUUUUAUAUAAUAAAUACUGUGGGAACUCAAGAA